AGUUACGUGAUAUUCAAACACCAGCACGAGACGGUGCCUUAUGUUUUCUACAUUUCUAGAAAAUAUAGGUAUUUUAUUAGUCACAACGCUUUCAAAUCCCGCAUAAAUUUAUGAUAAGAUAACGUUAAGAUACCGCGACACAAAAAUGUUCAGUCGGUACUAUUACCAAUAAUAAGUAAUCAUCGUAUACCUACUUUUGCGCGUAAUUUUUUGUGUUUUGUCUACAUAAUUUAAGUUUACCGCGUAGGUAUAGUUUGGUGCUUGAUUACCCCGGAAAUGAUCGUCAGUAUAAUGUGGUGAAACUUAAAGAAAAUGGUACACAAUUAAGUUAAGAAAAAUCACCAUUGUAACGAAAAGACUGCUUUAUAUUAUAACAGAAUAAGACUACAACAUUUAUGGAAGGUGCUGAAUUGAGGAGAAACUCAAAGAGAAAAUCCAAACUUAAAUUUUCAUCGUUCACCUCAUAUUUUAGAACGAGUAAGACAGGAAAUGACUUAAUAUCAUCCCCUACUAAUUUCGAGAGAAUGGACUUAUUCCCAGAUAACAUUUCUCCAGUGGUUGAUAUCCAAGAAUGUCCAUUCGAUGUUACGGGAUACGGAAUGCUGAUCAUGAAAGACAAGUUUAAACUUAAGAAACCAGUCAAGAGGAAAAAUGUUCUGGUUUUUAUGUUUGAGAGAAUUAUUAUCAUAACAGCAGAAGAACAGCCCGACACAUACUACUAUUUAGGCAGCAUCAAAAUGUGUGACUUGAGUAUGUCCACGUCUCCCAAAAUAAAUAGAAUUUUGCUGAAUGAUUUUAAUAAAAAUAAACACAGAGAAUCCCACUUAAAUAUAGAGUAUAACCUUAAAACUAAGGACGAAGAGGUUGCUCAUAAAUGGAGAUAUGCCAUUCAAAAAUGUUUAUGGAAAGAACUGCUAACGGCUAGAGAGCUGAGACAAAGACAAAACUGAGCAUCGGAAUCUGAAGCUAGCGGGUUUAAUAAAAGUCACGAGAGGACUUGACAGAACUUUGAUGUAAAGAAAAAAAGCAUUUCUUCAGAAUGUUUUUCAGCGACUGUGAUUUCCUAGCUCCUAGUACUUAAACUAUUGUUGAUUUACUUGUUGAAAUAAAACCAUAACAUAUU